AACAAUAAAAAAAAAAUCUAAAAAUACCGCACCUGAACUAAGCGCAAUAGAAUAUGCCAGAGCAGGUUCACUGUUACAGAGAAUAAAGAUGCUUUAACUUCAUCUGUUUUUGCAGCCUACAUUUACACAAGCAUUCUUGUCUGCCACCUCCCGUUGGCAUUUCAGAUUGAGCUUAUAUGGUCGGCUAACAAAUCUUUAACCAAUUGUCCUCUAUGUGUAAGUGAUUUGACUCUGAAAAUUUUAUUCCCCUUAUUUUGACUAGUGUUCGCCUAAGAGUAGAGCAAAAUUUUCUAUGAUAGGCUGACCCUUUUCCCCAUUUCUUCUUUUCUUCUUGCCCUGAGGAGGGAUCCAACUUAUACCUCUUGCAUUUACACACUCUUUCUAAAGCAAUCACUUGGAACAAUUCAAGUAGGAUAAUUUUGUUUUAUCACAAAAUUUUUCUUGCUCAAAUAGAUUGUAAUGAGAUCUGACCAAAAAUCUGUUCUGCUCUUGGUUGAUGAACUAGAUCUGCUUUUUAAACUGACAUAGUACAUUUAAAAACGUUAAGGGAGGGGUCAUGUUACCAGAAAAUGUACAAGUGAGUUUUGUUUGGAAUCAGUUUGUGAAGAAACUUUGUUUCCUAGGUAUGCAAAGAAACCUUUUCACACAGAUGUCCUUAGAGAUAACAUGGAUCAGUCCGGAGUUCUCCUCUGGGUGAAAGCAGAACCUUUUAUAGUGGGUGCCUUGCAGGUGCCCCCUCCAUCCAAGUUCAGUCUUCACUAUCUCAGGAAGAUAUCUACCUAUGUGCGAACCAGGGCCACAGAGAGAGCUUACCCACGCCUGUACUGGUCUACAUGGAGGCACAUCGCAUGUGGGAAGCUGCAGUUGGCUAAGGAUCUGGCGUGGCUUUACUUCGAAAUAUUUGAUAGUCUUGCAGUGAAGACACCGGAGGAGCGCCUGGAAUGGUCUGAGAUACUGUCCAACUGCGUGUCUGAGGAUGAAGUCGAAAAGCAAAGAAAUCAGCUUUCAGUGGACACCCUACAGUUUCUGCUCUUCUUAUACAUCCAGCAGUUAAACAAGGUCUCCUUGAGGACAUCUUUGAUUGGAGAAGAGUGGCCUAGUCCCAGAAACAGAUCUCAGUCUCCUGACCUGACUGAAAAAUCCAGUUGUCAUAAUAAGAACUGGAAUGAUUACAGUCACCAAGCUUUUGUCUAUGAUCAUCUGUCAGAUCUCCUUGAGCUGCUUUUAGAUCCAGAACAACUCACUGCAUCAUUUCAUUCAACCCAUAGUAGUCUAGUCUCUCGAGAAGCUAUUGUGGCGCUCAGCUUUCUUAUUGAAGGUACAGUGAGUAGAGCUGGGAAGAUCUAUCCGCUUCAUGAACUUGCACUGUGGCAACCACUGCAUGCAGAAAGUGGCUUCUCAAAGAUCUCUAAGACCUUUUCUUUCUACAAGCUGGAAGCCUGGUUGAGAGCCUGUUUGACUGGGAAUCCAUUUGGUACAUCUGCUUGCCUCAAGUCUGGAAAGAAAUUGGCUUGGGCUCACCAAGUUGAAGGGACGACCAAAAGAGCUAAGAUUGCUUGUAACACUCAUGUGGCCCCUAGGAUGCACCGCAUGGUGGUGAUGAGCCAGGUUUACAAGCAGACAUUGGCCAAGAGCUCAGAUACUCUGGUGGGAGCACAUGUAAAGAUUCAUCGUUGCAACGAAUCUUUUAUAUAUCUGCUCUCUCCCUUACGAUCUGUGACAAUUGAGAAGUGCAGGAAUAGCACCUUUGUCCUAGGCCCUGUACAGACUGCUCUUCACCUCCACAGCUGUGACAACAUUAAAGUCAUUGCUGUUUGCCGUCAUUUGUCCAUCUCUUCUACAACAGGUUGCGUCUUUCACAUUCUGACGCCUACACGCCCACUUAUUCUCUCUGGGAACCAGACAGCAACUUUUGCCCCUUUUCAUACUCAUUACCCAAUGCUGGAGGACCAUAUGGCCAGGACCGGCCUUGCUACAGUGCCUAACUAUUGGGAUAAACCAAUGAUUGUGUGCAGAGAGAACAGCGACACUAGUGUCUUCCGACUCUUACCACCUUGCGAAUUCUACAUAUUUAUUAUUCCCUUUGAAAUGGAAGGGGACACAACAGAGAUACCUGGGGGUCUUCCAUCUGCAUAUCAGAAAGCACUGGGUCAAAGAGAGCAGAAGAUACAGAUCUGGCAGAAAAUUGUGAAGGAGGCUCAUUUGACAAAGGAUCAAAGGAAGCAGUUCCAGGUACUUGUGGAGAACAAGUUUUAUGAGUGGCUGAUUCACACAGGACAUCGCCAACAGCUGGACAGCCUCGUGCCCCCUGCAGCAGGCUCCAAACAAGCAGCAGGAUGAGUAAGACUCCUGCAUCCAAACACUGGGCCCUGGAAACAUGAGGAUGAAUGGAAGAUGGUGCACAUCUUGAAAUUAAAUUGAGAAAGUGCUCUUGCUGCUUAAGAGACUUUGGGGCUUUUUCUUUCUAUUUAAGACCUUUCCUUAAUUUCUAUUCCAUACUCAUUUAUUGCUGUUUACUUGAAUUUUAGCUAAACUUCUGACUGUAAUAUAAACCUAUUGUUUAUAGAACCUCAGAAGGUUCAUCUUUGUGAUGCCAAAAUGAAAAACUUGAUGAAGGCAAUUCCAUUGUGUAUAUGUUGAUAUUAAAGUUAUUGAGUGUUGAUUUACAAGUAAACUUCGCAUUUUAAUUUGCAUCAUGAAAGGGUUUCAUCCUUUCUAGAUUAAAUAGGAGUUUUAUAGUUCUUUGUAACUAUUUAAAAGGAAAUUGCUACUCCUUUAAAAAAUAGCUGGAAUGAAAGUGUGAUUUGUUGGUAUAUAAAUAUUGCAGAAAUAGUUUUAUACAAAGAUAUUUUAGUCCUUAAAGUAUGAAACAAUGAAAUUGUGUAAAAUCUUUAUUUUUCAUUUUCUGCUUUAAAUUUUCAAUAAACAAACUCUAAAAAUAAUUUUCUGCUUCUAACGAAAAGAUAAAGCUGUACUUUUAAGUUUAGAAAAGUUUUCCAAUGUCAUUCUGUGAUGUUAUAUCAAAAUAAAGUUUACAUUUGAUUGGGAAAGCUGUGUUCUUUAAGAUAAAGGAAAGCAAUUCUCAAUUUAAUAAAAUGAAGCUGAUUGCUGAUACACAUUGUGUCAUAUGCUCACUGGCCAUUUAAUUAGUAAUUAUAUCAAAAAAGGGCUUGAUCUUUUAUUUCUAAAAUGAAAAUUAACCCCCAGAAUGGGUGUUAAUUCUAAUUGAGGUUUUCAUAGUUUUUAUAUUAAAAUGAAAUAUAGCAAGCAGAGCAUUAACAAACACUGGAGUAACAGAAGUAUAUUUUGGAAAUUGCUCUUGCUUAACGAAAUUAGUGGUAUUAAUUAGAUACUGUCUUUCAAGUUUAUAAAAUUCAGAAAACUAAGCAUAUAACUUAAUACUUUGUUUCUCAAUAAUCUUCAUAUCCAGGCACAUUUGCCAUUUUCUGAAUUGACCAUAAUAUAUCUUGGGGGCAUCCCAUUUAUAAAAGUAUUUGUUGGAUAGCUUUGUUAAUGGAAAGAAGAGGAAGUCGGACUUUUGAGUAGAAUAUACUUCACUAGGAAAAUUAAAAUGGAGAAGAGUUUAUUUGUUGUUUCUUUGAGUUUCCAUAAGAUGUAAUCUCUUUCCUAAAGUCAGAGUUGUAUUAAGUGCCAGAAAAUGUUCCCUAAACAGAUCCCAAUAUGAUAUCAUGGCAGAGAAAUGCCACGUAGCAGAUGGCAUGUUGGGCUUAGCUAAACUUUUGCAAAUUCAGGAUUCCUGCAGUAGCUUUCUGUCUCUUAGGCUACAUACUGUAGCACCCUUUCUUGUGGAUUAGUACUUUUGUGUGUGUGUGUUUUGAAAAAAUUACAAACUUAAAGAACAAUUGCAGGAAUCUGAAUUCCCACAUACUUUUCAUCUAGAUUCACCAAUUGUUACCAUUUUGUCACAUUCACUUUACCACUCUCUAUAUAGUAUUAUUAUUUUAUUUUUGCUCAACAACUUAAGAGAGUAGGUUGCAGACAUCUUAGACCUUACUCUUACUUACAUUAGCAUGUAUUUCCUAAAAACAGACAUUCUCUUAUAUAGUCACAGUACAAAUGAUUAAAUUCAGGAAGUAGAACAGUGGUACAAUAGUAUUAUCUAUUAUAUAGUCCAUAUUAAAAUUUUUGCUAGUCAUCCC